UCAUUACAGAAUAUCGCAUACACAUCCCCGGCAUACCUAUGAAUAAUUCUCCAAUAAGCAUCAUGAACAAAACUCUCAAAAAAGAAAAAAAAAAUGUUUUCAUAUUUUCAAAAUAAAGCCUUACUUUCCAACGCCAUGUAGUUGAGUGACAUGAGUCCGGCGGCAUCUUGAAGACAACAUUUUGGUUUACUAGUUGAUUUGGUUUGGACAAACCGAUCAAUAAACUGAAUUUAUUUUCCUAAUCAAUGUAUGAAAAUCAUAUCUAGUUAUACCAAAUUAUAUAAAAAAUACAUGUUAAAAUUUAAAUCAAUGAAUCGAACCAACCAAAUCUACAUGAAUUAAGACAAAAUUUAGUCAAAUUCGUUAAAAAAAAAUUAUAUUCAACCAAUAACUAAAUUUGAUUAUUCUACUUUUCCUAACCAAACUGCUCGAACCAAAAAAAUUCAAGUGAACCAAACUCGGAGACCUACUACGGUUAAGAUUGGUUUUGUAAGAAGUCGCGGUAACUCUUGUUGGCCUUGUCCCGAAAGACAAAAUCCAUUAUUAUUCUCCAAGUAAAAAAAAAAAAAAACUUAAAAAGCGGCGAGAGGGCAACCUCAAAAUUAUUUCCCGACAGAAAGAAAACACACAUCAAAAGUAAGUUACUGUCCCAAAACCUCCCAGAGAAACAAGUGUUCCAAAGAUGGCUAGAGAAACAAGUUGUUUGACUAGAAUCACUGCCGGAGUUGCAAUCGGCGGCGCACUUGGCGGUGCUGUAGGUGCUGUCUAUGGAACUUACGAGGCGGUUAGAUUCAGGGUACCUGGGCUUAUGAAGAUAAGGUACAUUGGGCAAACAACACUCGGCAGCGCAGCAAUUUUUGGGCUAUUCCUAGGUGCAGGCAGUUUGAUACACUGUGGAAAAUAAGCUUUUAAGUUUGGUGUGUCUUGCAAAGUUUCCUGGUGAAAGAUUUGUUUAUUUUCUGUAAGAUUUUGAGCUUUAUGAAUUAUUAAGCUUUUUAAAUGAAUCGUCUCAUGUGUUUCUGCCUCUAUGUGAAUCAGUUCAAUCUAUUGGGGUUUGAUGCUUCUUA